AUGACUUCACUUCUGACAGGUUCGGCAGUUCUCGUUACAGGGGGAAAUAGGCGAGGAAACGACAACUAUGGGUUUGGUUACAGUUGUCUUGAGACGACAGGCGCCAGGAUGAAAAGAACCUUUCAAUCGGCUACAACCGCAUUCAUUGAGGUUUCGAAAGACGGUCACCGUUUCGCUGAUUUUUUUGAUCUUCAAGCUCAUGUUUCGCACUCGAGAGGAGACGACUUUGUAGGGAACCGCUGGGCGAUGCUUUGUGUUUCCGACAGCGGCAGAAGAUGCAACCCCAGAGCCAAGCCGCAUAAACGGUCUCAGUCGUUGACCGGUAGUGAUCUUUCGGUUCAAAUUCCCAAAAAGGUCAGUGAGGUGACGCUUCAGUACAAGAUUUGCAGGUCGAGUCACAAGAGUUGGAAAAUCAGUACCAAACUUGGUUUCUUGACCGACACCGCCGCUCAAGGGUCAGCGCAACCGACCGAGCAGACAGUAGUAGACACUGUAUUAUAA